AUGGACCUGUUCUCCGCCGCCUGCGAGAACAUCGGUCUGUUCAUCAACACGCAGAAGACGGUGGUGAUGCAUCGACCGCCACCCAACUCAGCCACACCCCCCAACGCGCUGCCGCCACAAAUCAUCGUGAACGGGACCCAAGUGCAAGUGGUGGAGAACUUCCCGUAUCUGGGCAGUACCCUCUCCCGCAACACCAAGAUCGAUGACGAAGUCGCAAACAGGAUCUCGAAAUCCAGUCAAGCCUUCGGACGCCUCCAAAGCACAAUAAGCAAUCGUCACGGUCUGCAACUGAGCACGAAGCUGAAGAUGUACACGACCGUCAUCCUGCCGACGCUGGUGUACAGAGCGGAGACUUGGACGGUGUACACGAGACAGGCACGCCGACUGAACCACUUCCACCUCAGUUGUUUUUGUCGCAUCCUGAGGCUGAACUGGCAGGAUCGAAUCCCCAACACUGAUGUGCAAGAACGGACGGGAAUGCUCAACAUCUACUUCACGCUGAGACAAAUGCAGCUGCGCUGGAGCGGCCACCUGGUGCGCAUGGACGACGAGCGACUACCCAAACGACUCUUCUACGGAGACGUCGCGACGGGUUCUAGUCGUCAAGGAGGCCAAAUUCGCCGUUACAAGGAUACCCUGAAGUCCUCCCUGAAGCGCCUUCAAAUCAACACGGCCAACUGGGAAGAGCUCGCUCUCGAUCGUCCGACAUGGAGGAGAACAGCGAAGAUGGGCGCUGCUAUCUACGAAGCCAAUCGCAUCGCUGCCGCCAAAGCGAAACGGGAAGUCCGCAAAUCACAACUUCGUCCAGUACGCAACGCCUCCGCACAACUGCUUCCAACGUGUUCUCGAUGUCAACGGACAUUCCGGGCUCGAAUCGGCCUUGUUGGACAUAUUCGUCCCCGGGCCCGCCUCUUCCUCCUCCAUUCUGCCGCCAACUAA